GGCUGAUUUACGAAUUGCAAUCACGGGCUGGAAUCGCUGGAGUGCUGCUUGACUAUCAACGUGCAGACACAUAGGGCAGAGAACGUUUGUAUUUGGCUUGGCUUGGUUGUUGGAUGAUUGAGUGAGAAUACAAAGAUUACCCCAGAGAGAGCGCACAUGGGGGACCUCUCGCCGGCGCCAGCAGGCGUCGGAAGCAGCGGGGGCGGUGGUGAACAGACCAGCAGCUCGAACCACAGCAGUCGAAGCGGAAGUAGGGAGGGAGACAGCAAGCGGAAGUUUGAGGACUUUGAUAGCUAUACAAAGCUGCUGGAGAAUGCGACGGCCGGCGACGAAGGCGUGUUUAUGAUUCGACCGACGGCGAUGAUGCUACAGGCGUUGGCGUAUCAGUGCACGCCGUCUGCACUACAGAUGUUUGCAAUUUUGGGCGAGGAGUAUUUUCUACAUUUACUUUCAAGAUUACACAGUAUCGCGAUGAUCCAGCGCCGGAACCUUCCAAGUGUGCACGAUCUCGCAUUUUUAAUGACGGAAGAGGGGAUUCACACGUCAGAUCUAGAGGACGAAUACAUGCGAUCACAGUUUAUCUUCCAACCUCAGCUACCUUCAGACGAAGCCAACGAGACGGCUGGAACACUACAGUCCGGCGAGGGCGAUAGUCCAUCAUUACAGGAGAUUGAUUCAUGGAAUAAGCGGCAGCAAGAACUGUCGCUGCUUGCGCCGACGACAAGGAAGAAAGAAGAGCUGGAGUACAUCCCGUCGUGGAUGCCACCGCUCCCAGCAGAUUACACCUACAGGACGACACCCACAUACCCCGCCCGGACUACGAAUCCGAAGGAUAUUCGCGAAAAGAUCAUAGAGGAGGGCAGAGUAGUAGAGCAAGCACUGCGCAAGCUGGGCGCGAUGAGCAGAGGAUCAGACGGAGCUACGCAGAGCGGGCAGCUGUCGCUGCUCGGCGACGCAGAUGAGCAGUACGGUGCGAUGAACAGGAGCAAUUCGGCGAACGAAAAGAUGUUUGACAUUGUUGCAAUGGCUGCCUCGAGGAGGAAGAAGGCUAUUAAUCCGAUUAUCUUGCACCUCGGGAAGAAGGGAAAGGCUUAGCUGUGGUUGUCGAUUAAUCGUUGGAGUCCUAGUAACGGCCGGUGUUUUGCCAGGCCAUAUAACUGUACAAUAUAGCAACAUUAUUAUUUUUCACCA